AGUAAAAUUAGAAAAUCCAGCGCGAGAUAGCCUGGCGAGCCCCGGCGACUCCCGGUGCCCAAUAUCGUACGUUGCUUUUGAUUUUCCUACUCCCACUCGCGUUUGCACCGAAAACGACAUUUUUCUACUGUCACUACGCUUUCAACCGAAACGGCAGCAGAUUGAUUUCCAAUGACACGUGGUCCUCUUAAGUCGCGGGUACCAAUUUAAUACGAGAAUACCAGGGGUUGUCAGCUUUUGGCUUUCUGGAUUGGAUUUUAAAUCUUCUUAAACAGUAGAAAGUCCCCAAAUCAGAUCCCUACAAAACCAGAAACUCUUCUAAAUUAUUUGUUUGUACCAAAAUAUUCCCUUGUACAUGCAAACGCUCCUUUUCGAUUUCAAUUCCAUUUCCAAAUUUCGAUUUCUCAAUUCCUUCCUCGGAAUUUCAAAUUUCAAAUUUCAAUAAUUUCAAAUAAAGCUACCCAGAUGGGUAUUUGAAAAAUCAAGCUUUUCAAAAUCGCCUCCUUGUUAUUGGAAUCUAUCUUUCAAAAAAUGCACAAUACAAAUCCUUCCGCCUCGUCUCCGACGUCGGACUCUGUCGACACCUCUCCUCUCCUCACCCACUCAAUUGCCGAUCACCUCCUACGAAGCCGACGUCUCCUACGGCGCCCACCGCAGCCUCUUCGUGGUGCGGCUGCUCGGCUUCUCAGGCGAGCCAGCAGCCGCCGCAUGAUGCUACGGGAACCCUCUGUCCGGGUGCGUGAAAAUGCGGCCGAGCAGCUCGAGGAGCGCCAGAGCGACUGGGCCUACUCCAAGCCUAUUAUUGUGCUCGAUGUGUUGUGGAAUUUGGUGUUAGUGGGGAUUGCUGUUGUGGUUUUGGGGCUUAGCGUCAAGGAGCAAGCUGAGGUGCCGUUGAGGCUGUGGAUUAUUGGGUACGGUAUGCAGUGCGUGUUGCAUAUUGCCUGUGUUAUAUUCGAGUACAGACGGCGUACUAGAAGAAAUCUGGGAUUGGGAGUGACUGGGGCUUGGCCAAGUGGCGAUUCCACUUCGGGAUCGGGGAGCGAUGGAGAUAUCUCUGUGGACUAUGGGGCUGAAGAGCGGGCCAAUGAUGAUGAAACUAGUGUUGUAAAGAACCUGGAAUCUGCAAAUACCAUGUUUUCAUUUGUCUGGUGGAUUGCCGGAUUCUACUGGGUUACCGCUGGUGGACAAAAUGUGCCACAAGAUUCACCUCAGCUAUACUGGCUUUGUAUCACAUUUCUUGCUUUCGAUGUGAUCUUUGUAAUUAUCUGUGUUGCUGUUGCAUCUCUUAUUGGUAUUGCUAUUUGCUGCUGCCUUCCAUGUAUAAUCGGAAUCUUAUAUGCCAUGACCGAUAGGGAAGGAGCAACAAAGGAAGAAAUUGAUCGAUUGCCCAAGUACAAGUUCUGCAGGAAAGGAGAUCCUGAAAAAAUCAAUGGUGACAUUCAAGCAUGUUUUGGAGGGACGAUGACUGAAUGUGAAAUUGAUACGCCCACUGAGCGUCUCCUCUCUCAUGAGGAUGCUGAAUGCUGCAUUUGCAUUUCUGCAUAUGAAGAUGGGAAUGAGCUGCGUGAACUUCCUUGUCAUCACCAUUUCCACAGCAUGUGCAUUGAAAAGUGGCUUUACAUCAACGCAACCUGCCCUCUCUGCAAGUUCAACAUUCUAAAGGCAAGCAACCAAAUUGAUAGUGAAGAAGUAUAAAAACUAGGUGCAGACAAGUGUUCUGGCUAUAACUUCUUUACUUGUCUGUGUUGUUGUGUGCACAUGACCAUCUUGCUAGCAGUGGGCCGUUUUAGCUGGAGACUGAAUCUAGCCUGUGCCAGUAACAAAGUAAUCAUCUGAUUGUUCGUAACUAUUCUGAGUCUUCUGCCUAAUAUAAUAUGAUAUUUUAACUGUUACUCAUUAAAGAAUGAGUAGUGGGUUGUUGGUACUUGUUUUGUAAAUUAGCCCACAGUUGAAAAAAUUAGGGGUCAGCUGCACCUUGUCUCAUCAUAAACUCGGAUGAUAAUGUUGUAAUUGCAAGCAAAGCUCUUUGGCACGGGGCUGCAUUUUAUCUUCAUUGCCCCAACAGGAUUCACCUGCUGGAAUAGAGGCUGGGUCUUUAUGUA